AUGUCUACCUUCCAACUUUACGAACUCCCGGAGGAGCUCGUCCUCUUGGUCGCGGACCAGUGCCGGGAUAGGGACUUGGCCAGGUUCUCUCGUACUUCACAAGAGUCCCGCCGCAUCGGUCAGCUAGCCUUAUACGAUAGAUUGUCCCAUGAGGGCAUCAAGCGUGUCUUCAAAUGGGCUAAACAAAAGAAUCAGCUGGAGCCGAUCUUCCACGUGCUCGAUCGUCAUCGCCAACAAGUUGAACUGCAGAAGAACCCCAAGCUUGCAGCCGAUGCCCUAAGCCUAGCCUGCGAGGAGGGCCAUGUCGAUCUGAUGAAGGCAUUGUUAGACGCCGGCAUCCCCCCAAACACCAAAUGCAAUCAAUAUUGGCCGCUCGAAGUGGCCGCGACGCAUGGCCAUCCAGCAAUCAUGCAGGUUCUAUACGAUGCCGGUGCGAAGCUGACAUCGCACUUUGCCAGAAACUAUAUGCUGCUCUGUACAGGCAAGCCAGGCCGUCUGGCGACGGGCCAAAUGCUACUCAGCCACGGAUUCGACCUUCACCAACAGAGAGGUGGAGAGGGCUUCUUGCAUCAUGCAUGUAGGGGAACCCCCGGUGCUGCAGCCACCUUGCACAAUCUCGAGCUUCUCCUCCAACUCGGCCUCGACGUCAAUGUGCGAAACACGAAUGACGAAACGCCACUGGUCCCGGCAGUCAGGUCUGGCUUGCCCGGGAUUGUUGAAUUCCUGCUCUCCCACGGCGCAGAUGUUCAUGUGCGGUCUGUUCUCAACCAGCCACCGCUGGCUAUGGCCAUCAACCGCCGCCACGCCUCUUGUGAUCCCCAUGAGAUGGCCAAAUGCCUAUUGGACGCAGGAGCCGGUUUUAAUGAGCAAUGGGGCGUAUGGCUGGUCCUCGAAGCACUCACAAACCAAUGGACACGUUCUCUGGCUCUUGUUUUGGAAUCGUGGAAUACACAAGUUUCCACGGGCUGGGACUGCAGCGAACCAGAACUGCUAUUCUACGCUGCUGCGACGGUGGGAAACGUUCCCAUGCUCCGCGGACUCCUCCAGGUAGGAGAGGUUGAUCCCAACUGCAACUUCGACGGCACGACAGCGCUCAUGGCAGCUGCUGAACAUAACAACGUCGCCGCAAUCGAAUUGCUCGUUCAGCACGUUUCCUGCUUUGACUACGAAGACUCCGGGGGUCGUACUGCUUUUAGGAUUGCUUUGCAGCACCAAUCGGAGGAAGCCAUUCGCGUGCUGCUGCCUCAUAUCACAUGGACCAGCCCGAAAGCCCCCCUAUUGAGUCCUCUCAUCGACGCAGUCAACAACCUAUCGCCGGACCUCGUCGCCAUGAUCCUCGACAAACUGUCCUCGAGCCAGCCCCAGUCCCACCUACAAGAACCAACCCCAGCACAGCAGGAAGCCACAGCCGCCUUGGAAGUCGCCAUCCAACUAGGCAAGCUCGACACAGUCCAAGUGCUCCUCUUACGUACCGACCUCAUCAAGCCCAGCUUCUGCCCCGCCAUCCUAUGCACCGCAUUAGGCGGCGGAAAGAAUGACGAUAUCGCACUGAAGCUGCUCGACUGGGGCGCCGAAUACAAGGAUCCCCAGCCCGGCAGCUAUACGCCCCUAAUGCGCGCCUCAUUGCACGGCAACGUACGCGCGCUCUCGGCGCUGCUGGGCAAAGGCGCGCCUCUUGACGCCAGAACCGGUACCCAUGAGACGGCGCUGACCCUGGCGGUCUCACAUAACCAGCCUGAAUGUGUGCGGCGCCUUCUUGCGGCUGGUGCAAGGGCGUCUGAACUAAUGCAUUUUGCUAACUACGAUGACAUGGUUGAGGAUAGGGAUAGGCCUGGGUCUGGCUCUUGUCAGAGGGAUACCGUCUUCCUCUAUGCAGCCCGCCAUGGGUAUGCGGAGAUCGUGGACAUCCUGAGGCCUUACUUUGAUGUCACCAAGCCGUGA